GCCUGCAUGGGUCGAUUGGAGGGGAUGAAGGAGCCAAUCGCAACCGUUCGCCUUCCACCUGAAGGAAGUGACUCGUCCAUUUAUCUCCUCCUUUCUGCGCCUGCAGCCAGAUAACAGCACAACAGUUGGAUCGUGGACCUCCUCUAAACAACCUUCCUUCCCCAUGCACGCGUCUUUUUGACUCAACGGAUACAGCAAUAUAGUUGAGCUGAUCGAACAGCAAACAUGAGCGUCCCUCUUUACGCGCCGACGGCCAUCCAGCAAGCUCACCCGACUCCCUUCUACAUAGAUGACAUUCUAGGGAGGCCUAAUAACACCACCGCCGCCUCGUCUUCUUCAUCCUCCUCCUCCUCCAGCAGCUCCUCAACUCCGAUCAUCCCCACGCCGACUUUCCCAUCGCCCAACUCGUCCUUUACAAACUUCAUCUCACCUUACCGGACGCCUAUUUACGAACCGACGCCGAUCCACCCGGCGCUGUCUCACCACCACGCUACCGCCGCCUUCACGUACGCAUCUGCCGGGGCUUUCGGGACCCCCGUGUUCCCCUACCAGCAGCACCACCAUCACCGAGCAGUAGGGGAGUACGCACAUGCCCUGCUGAGACAUGACCCUCUCGGGAAACCUCUGCUGUGGACUCCCUUCAUCCAGCGGCCCUUACAUAAAAGAAAAGGAGGUCAGGUCCGGUUCUCGAACGACCAGACCAUCGAACUUGAGAAGAAAUUCGAAACUCAGAAGUACCUGUCACCUCCGGAGAGGAAAAGAUUGGCCAAAAUGUUGCAGCUAAGUGAACGACAGGUUAAAACGUGGUUCCAAAAUCGACGAGCAAAGUGGCGACGACUCAAACAGGAAAAUCCACAGGGAGCUAAACCUGAGGGGGAGGUCAGUAGUGCCAAAGGAGACGGGACAUCGGAACAGUCCGGGGUCCUCGAUCCAGAGCAAAGACGGACUUUGGCGGACUCUCAUCAGGUGGAAGGGGGCCACGGGGUGAGCUCCGCGUCACCACAACGGGCCUUCGGCAAACCGGAAUGGAGCCUUUCAGACGAUACAGACCUGGAACUGGACAUAGAGGAUGACGACGAAUUCACACAAACACACCAGCACUGACAGUGAAAGACAUAAUAGACUGCUCGGAUACACUAUUCAUAUCCAUGUUUACACAUACAGUGAUAUGAAAAAGUAUCUGAACCUUUUCACCAUCACCAUCAAAUAUAAUCUGAUCUUUGUCAAAAUCCCACAGAUGAAAAAGCUGUCUGCUUUAACUAAAACCACCCAAACAUUUAGAGGUAUUCAUAUUUUAAUGAGGAUAGUAUGCAAACAAUGACAGAAGGGGGAAAUAAGUAAGUGAACCAUCACAUUUAAUAAUUUGUGCCCCCCCCCCCCCCCCCCCCUUUGGCAGCAAUAACUUCAACCAGACGCUUCCUGUAGCUGCAGAUCAGUCUGGCACAUCGAUCAGGAGUAAUCUUGGCCCAUUCUUCUUUAGAAAACUGCUGUAGUUCAGUCAGAUUCAUUGGAUGUCUGGCAUGAAUCGAUGUCUUUGGUUAUGCCACAGCAUCUCAAUGGGGUUCAAGUCUGGACUUUGACUUGGCCACUCCAGAACGUGUAUUUUGUUCUUCUGAAACCAUUCUGAAGUGUAUUUACUUCUGUGUUUUGGAUGAUUGUCUUGUUGCAGCAUCUAUCCUGUUUUUCCUUCAACUGUCUGACAAACAGCCUCAGGUUUUCCUGCAAAACAUCCUGAUAAACUUUUGAAUUCAUUCUUCCAUUAAUGACUGCAAUUUGUCCAGGCCCUGAGGUAGCAAAACAGCCCCAAAUCAUGAUGCUCUCUCCACCAUGCUUCACGGUAGGGAUGAGGUGUUGAUGUCUGUGAGUUGUUUCAUUUUUCCUCCACACAUGACGUGUGUUACUCCCAAACAAUUCAACUUUAGUUUACCCCGUCCACAAAAUAUUUUGCUAAAACAUCUGUGGAGUGUCCAAGUGCCUUUUUGCGAAAAUUAAACGGGCAACAAUGUUUUUUUAGACAGCAGUGGCUUCCUGAACACCAUUCUUGGCCAUAGUUUUACAUAUAGUUGAUGUGUGCACAGAGACAUUCUGACUGUGCCAGUGAUUUCUGUAGGUCUUUAGCAGACACUAUUUUGCGCUGAACUCUUGGCGUCAACUUUGGUGGACGGCCACUCCUUGAAGGAGAAGCAACAGCGCCAAAUUGUCUCCAUUUGUAGACAACUUCUCUGACUGUCGAUUGAUGAACAUCCAGUUUUUAGAGAUGGUUUUGUAUCUUUUUCCAGCUUUACACAAAUCAGCAAUCCUUGAUCGCAAGUCUUCAGACAGCUCUUUUGACCGAGCCAUGAUGCACAUUAGACAAUGCUUCUCAUCGAGACAAUUCUUACCAGGUGUUUGUUUUAUAGUGGGCAGGGCAGCUUUAAAUCACUCAUCAGUAAUUGGGCACACACCUGACUUAAAUUGUUUGGUAAAAAUGAGUUUCAAUUGCUCUUUAAGUCUCCUUCGGCAGAGGGUUCACUUACUUAUUUUCCCCAUUCUGUCAUAGUUUGAUAGCUAUCUUCAUUAAAAAAUGAAAACCUCUAAAUGUUUGGGUGUUUUUUGUUAAAGCAGACAGUUUUUACAUACGUGUGAUUUUGACAAAGAUCAGAUCACAUUUGAUGGUAAUUCUAUGCAGCAAUGUGAGAAAUUCCAAAAGGUUCAGAUACUUUUUCAUACCACUGUAUGUUCCUUUUUUUUAUAUUUCAUAAAGAACUGACAGUGCCUUUGCGUGUGGUCUUGUUUAUACUAUGCAGUUCAAAUAAUAUUAAUGCUCUCCGUGCUGUAAAUUUAUAGAAUAGACAUGUGUUCGGUCAUAUUAAGUGGAAAUUUUUAAUCAAUGUAAAGGAAGACGCUCUCUGUGUAAUGUUUAAGAUACUGUCCAUGUGUUGUAAAUCUGACAUUUUUUGGUUGAACUAAUAAAUUUUUGGAUUGUAAAAUGACAAAGCAGUACUAUAAGACGUUGCUCUCAAUCCAUUGCAAAUAAUAUACAGAUGGGGUGGUCCAAAAUGAAUUGAAAAUGGGACAUGGGGACAAAAGUGGUCAUUUUCAAGUACAGGUAGUCCCCGAGUUGCGAGCUAGUUCCAUUCCUAUUCUGGCGAUGUAACCCAAAUUUUCAUGUAAAUCGGAAUGAACCCUUUAAGUACCCCUAAAUACCCUUUAAAUCUCAAAAUAACUAUCUAAACACACAUAUUAUACGUCAGUGUAAUGUCGCCGCCAAGACAUUGGAGCUAAAGCCUACCUAGACGGCGGUAACCU